AUGAGCAAACAGGCUAGUGGAUCUUUGUUAUUGGCGUGGCAGGUUAAGGAUAAACACUGUCUUGUUAUUGGAUCAGGGGAGGUGGCAUUAUCCAGAAUCAACCAUUUGAUCGUUGCUCAAGCAAAGAUAACAGUUAUAACAGGCUUGACAAAAGGCGUGCAUCCUUCAAUACUCGACUUGAACAAGCAAGGCAAGCUAUAUCGCUUGAUCCAGCGUAACUACGAUCCCGCGGGCAACGAUUUAACCAUGUAUGAGCAAACCACAAGUGGCAAUGGCAAUGGCAACAACAAGCUAAACUACAAACACGUAACUCCAGAAGACUAUUCCCACAUUUCGAGAUUGGUCAACGACACAUUUGCUUGUGUUUGCUGCUGCAUUGAUGAUUACGAAUUGAGCACCAAAAUCUACUACCAAUGUAAACUAUUGAGAUUAGCGGUGAAUAUAGCUGAUAAACCACCAUUGUGUGAUUUCUAUUUUGGCAGCAUGAUUAACCAAGACAAUCUACAAAUCAUGAUAAGCACCAAUGGCAAAUCACCAAGAUUAUCCAAAAUGAUCAAGGAUAACAUUGCAAAUGAAAUUGUCAACAUUGACUUAAACAGGGCAAUUGAAAACUUGGCAUUGAUUCGAUCAAGAUUGAGGAAACAGAAACUUGUUGACGAUGAUUUAGUUACCAUUGAAACCAGAAUGAAUUGGAUCAAAACACUUACUGACUUCUUUACUUUGAAGCAAUGGUCGGUUCUAACUUUCAAGGACUCAGAUGCUGACAAGAUCAUUGGGUACUUCCCCGAGUUCCCUCCAAGAGAUUACCAACAGUUUAAGGAAGCCAUCUUUGAAUGA